GUCGGAGUGAGACCUCCGUCCUGCCUCCGGUCCUCAGAAACCUGGGCGGAGUGAGCCCUCUGCCUGCCGCCCCUCUGCGCGGCUCUCCGUCUCCUCCGCUAGCCGAGCCUGCUAGCUGGCUGCCCGGGAACCAUGGCCAUGUCGCAGGCUCUGUCCGAGGAGGAGUUCCAUCGGAUGCAGGCUCAGCUGCUGGAGCUGCGAACUCAGAACUACCAGCUGUCCGAUGAUCUCAGGAAGAACUCAGCAGAGCUGAACUCCGUCCGCCAGAAGAACCUGGUUCUGGAGAGGGACUUCGUCAAAGCGCAGAAGGCUUUAAAUAAAAGCAAGAAAGCUCAGGAGGUGGAGGCUCUGCUCAGUGAGAAUGAGAUGCUCCAGGGGAAGCUGCACAGCCAGGAGGAGGACUUCCGGCUGCAGAACAGCACUCUGAUGACCGAGCUGUCCAAGCUGUGCACGCAGAUCGAACAGCUGGAGCAGGAGAACCAGGGCCUGAAGGAAGGGGGCGGAGCCUCAAAGUCCAGCCCACCACCCAACCCCGCCUCCAGCCCCGUAGAUGGAGAGCUGCUCCGCCUCCAGGCUGAAAACUCCACCCUGCAGAAGCAAAUGAAAGCCCUCCAGGAGCGCUAUGACCGAGAGCUGCAGAGGCAGGCGGUUGCCCAGGGCAACCAGGGCGCUACCAUGGAGACCGACGGGUCAGCUGGCGCCAACGGAGUCUCUGAUGUCACAGGGAGAGGGGAGGAGCCAGCAGCAGGAGCCAAUGAGAGGCUGGAACAGACGGACUCUCAGCUCCACGGCCUGUCAGAGACGAGCGUAGAGAAGAUUGUAGCUAAGCAGGCAGCGCUAGGCUGGUCGGCUGCUCUCUGUCCAAUAACUCACUGCUUUGGACCAGAGCUGGAGAUGAAACUGAGCACCGAGCAGGAGGAGAAGAGGCUGCUGAGGGAGCAGAUCCAGCACCUGGAGGCGUCUAAACAGGCGGAAAUCACCAAACUGCAGGAGGAGAUCACAAAGCUGUCUGACAAGUUAAAGAAGAAGCAGGAGAGUUUCCAGCGUCUGCAGACAGAAAAGGAGGCUCUGUACAACGACAGCAGGACGAAGAUCGAUGAGAUCAACCAAAGGAAAGAAGAAGAAGUGAAGGCCAUGAACAUCCGCAUCCAGAAGCUGCAGACCGACCUCAUGGCAGCCAAUCAGACGACGGCAGAGCUGAGAGAACAGCUGCAGAGCAAAGAGAAGGAACACGAAGUGGCGCUGCACACCCUGAAGGACCAGGUAGCCAAUCAGAGUGCAGUGAGUCAGGAGCAGGUGGACAACAUCCUGCAGGAGAAUGAUGCUCUGAGGACAAACCUAGCUGCUCUAGAACAGAUCCAGACGGUGAAGACGCAGGAGAUGAAUCUGCUCCGAGAGCAGCAGGAGGCUCUGACGGCCGAGCUGCAGCAGAGACGAAGCGAACAGGAGAGUCUGCUGGCUCAGAGGGACGACCUGGACUCCCAGCUGCAGGAGUCGAGUUUUGCCAACAGGAAGCUGUUGGAGCAGCUGACAGAGGAAGGACAGGAGAAGGAGAAGCUGCUGAGGGAGCUGGACGAGGCCAAGAAGACGGCAGAGAAGAGGAAGUCCAUGCUGGACGACAUGGCCAUGCAGCUGAACCAGGAGAAGUCCGACCACAAGGAGGCGCUGUCAGACCUCAAACUGCAGCACGAGAAGGAGGUGAGUGUCAGCCAGGAUGGAUGGAUCUGUCCGUCUGCCACCGUAAUCUGGAGGACGUUCUCUUUUGAUCCCCGUCUGGUCUUGUUGUGCGUCUUUGUGUUCGUUUGUUCGCCUGCGGAGCGACGGGGGCAUCGCUGGAGGAAAAGUUUGAGCCGAAGUCUUGUUGUGUGUCUGCAGGAGAAGCAGGAGGAGAUGGAAGGGCUGAAGCAGCAGCUGGUGGAGGUGGAGAAGCAGAAGGACGAACACGUGGACGCCAUCGGGAAACUCAAACAGGAGAUAAAGGACACGGUGGACGGUCAGAGGAUCCUGGAGAAGAAGGGAAGUGCAGCGCUGAAGGACUUGAAGCGGCAGCUGCAGCUGGAGAGGAAGCGAGCAGACAAGCUGCAGGAGAGACUCCAGGAGAUCCUGACCAACAGCAAAACCAGGACAGGUCUGGAGGAGCUGGUUCUGUCGGAGAUCAACAGUCCCAGUCGGACUCAGCAGACCGGAGACUCGUCGUCCGUCUCGUCCUUCUCCUACAGAGACAUGAUGAAGGAGGCCCAGCCGACCAAUCAGAACAAGUCCGGAGGAGGAAGUCCUCAGUCUCAGCGUCCGGCCGAGCUGUCCGACGACGAGGUGGGAGAGCUGUUCCAGCGUCUGGCCGAGGUCCAGCAGGAGAAGUGGAUGCUGGAGGAGAAGGUGAAACAUCUGGAGGUGAGCUGCUCGUCGAUGGCUGAAGACAUCUGCAGGAAGAGCGCCAUCAUAGAGACGUACGUGAUGGACAGCCGCAUCGACGUGUCCGGCUCUGCGGUCGGAGGUCACGGAGGUUCUCAGGGAGAUCGUGGAGGUUUGGGUUCUGUGCUCAGAGAUCUGGUGAAACCAGGAGAUGAGAACCUGAGAGAGAUGAACAAGAAGCUGCAGAACAUGUUGGAGGAACAGCUGACCAAGAACAUGCACCUGCAGAAGGAUCUGGAGGUUUUGUCCCAGGAAUUAGUCCGUCUCAGUAAAGAGAACAACCCUGGAGGUGGUGCAGCUGGGUCGGGAUGAGACUAUCGCCUGGAUCACUCUGUCCAUUCCCCUCCUCCUCCUCACCUGGAUGUUUGGGCUGAGCUCAGGCUAACACCUGGACAUUAACGUUGCUUUUUCCCCCUCACUCACUCUUCACAACACAAGGCCUGCUGUGGGCUCUGACUAUUACCUGGAGCCGCUAUGAUUUCAACACUUGAGUCUGCCUCCUCGGCUGUGACUAAACGCUGGAGUGUGAGCAGUUAGUGCGGAGUAGAAGAAGAAGAAUGACAAGGAGAGGAAAUCACUGUUGAAUGUACUGUAAUUAGACCGCACCGCUCUACUCUGUUGGUCCUGGCUAUGACCUGGAAAGACUUCUGAUUUCUGUUGUGACUGACCGUAAACCUUCACUGUUUCUCUGUCUUAACACUCUGAUGUCUGUCUGUCUGCCGGGCCCGGCUACGUCCUGGAGCACAAACAUCUUCACUGACUGACAUCAUUGGUUUCUCUGUGCAGUAGUUCUGUUGUGAUCUGGCUAUUUCCUGGACUUCCUGUCUGUGAAAGAGUUACGCUGCUUCACUGAACGCGUGGGGUCUGUCUACGACCUGGACUGCGCUUUCAGCUGCACGUCAUGACCUUCAUCAGUAGGUUGCCAUGGAGACGGUUUGGUUGUCUGCACAUGACUGAACCGUUUCCAUCCCAGUGAAGACCAUGAGGUGCAUCUGAAAGGAUUUAAAAGCGAUUAUUGAUUAUUUUCUGAACUUAUCGGCGAUCAGUUUGUCAGGAUCAGUGAAAGGUUCCGGUUUUAUCUAAUCAUCGAUUUAAAAUCAUCAAACGAUCACGUUCAUGACGUCUCAGCCAGAAAGAAGCUCAGCGGGUUUGGACGUGACUAUGUUCUGGUUGUAAUGGACCAGUUCAGUCAUUACACAUGAAGCCUGCUUUUGUCACGUUUCACUGAAAAAUGAGUGAAAACAUGAAGUCAGCCGUUCAGCUGGUACACUGAUCAAUACUGAUAUUGAUUAUGGAUCAGUAUUGAUGACGCUGAACAAACAGCUGAUCUGAAUCGAUCAAUCGCUAAAUGUUCAGCUGCUAUUUCAGACAUUAGCCUGAUCCCUCCACUCAGAGUUCAUUACGUUUUCCUUCUGAAUGUUUCUGACUUCCUGCAGAUCAAACACCUGAUCGAUUAUUGAUUAUUGAGAAACCUGUUGCAGAUUCAUUGAUGAUGAAGCCAGUCGUCGUCUGAAUGUUUCAGAACGUUGACGUGCUUUAACCGGAGGAUGUGACGUCGGCGGCUGCGAACCUUAACAUCGACCUUUCAGAAUAAAAGUCACACGUUUGUUUGCGUCGUAGUUUAAUCAAUAACGUGAGCAGACGUCGCAGAUCGUCACAUUUGCAUCUCGUGGGAGCCACGAGUUACUGUCAGACACCUGCAGCUUAAAGAGAAACGACAGUUCACACGUCAUCGGCUGUGGCUAUGUCAUGGAGAACUCAUUUACUAACUGAUUGUAUCGUUUGGCUUAUUUAAUCGUUUUGUGUGUUUGUGUUGGGCCGUGACUACAUCCUGGAGUUCACAGCUUUCAUUACAACUUAAACCUUCAGUGUCUUUUGACUGCAGUGACGCUGUGCAGCUGUUUUGCAUCCCUGCUUUUAUAAAUAGCUUUUAAUGCAGUUGGGGAUGCAAAAUGGCUCAGACAGACCUGUUUGUCUCACUGCAGCUCAUCGCAAUGCAGCAGGGAUGCCAAAUGGCCUGAGCCUGGGCUGGUCUACUUGUUGGAGUUUCAGAGGUUGUUGAACUCAGACUCAUCUAUGAAUUGAUUCGUUUAUGUUGAAUAAAACUUGUUACAUUCACACUGCAACAAAUCCAACGCUGAGAUCUUUUAAUCACUGGGAUUAUUUUGGGAACAUAAAGUUUGAGUUUUGAUUCAGCAACUUCUCUCGGCACCAUUUGGCAUCCCUUUGGAUUCACUUCACGUUGACCUGGAUGGAAAAUGGCUCAACAACAACUAAUGAUUGUGUUUUGCGUUUGUUCUUAAUACUGCAGCUCUCCAGGGCUCCGUCUACGCCUUGGAUUACAUGAACUGUGCACUAUUUCUGUGAAUACUUCCAUCCUGAGCAGGGACACCAAAUGGUGCAGAGGACAAAGUUUCAGUUUUGUUGCUUUUUUUGCAGUUUCAUGAGUUCUUGUCGGGCUGGGUCCAUUUCCUCUUUGAACAGCUCUUCAUUUUGUGUUUGAAUCUGAUGAACUUUGGACUCUUUCUGCCGUCGUUUCGUCUUUCCGGCUCUUGAAUCUUUUGUUUGCUAUGUGGACCUGUCUACGUCCUGGAUUCCUCUCUGCACCGGGGAGCCUCUGCUGACUAUAAACUGGACUUAGAGCUUGUAACAGACUUUGUGUUUUAUGUUGCUUGUGUAUCGCUGCGUUGUUUUUUUUUUUUUGUUUGUUCACUAUCAAACAAAAUAUCAGUCUGGUGUUAAAAUCUCAACAUGAGGGAGAAAAACUCGACUUGUGCAGCUUCACAAACCUCUGUUCCACCUAAAACCAAACUUUAAACACUUUGCAUUUUAAAAAAUGCUUAAACAUCUGAAAAUAUCCCAAAAACGAAGUUGUCGCAUGAGGUUUCGUUCUGAGGAUUUUAAAAACACAAAGCUGCUCUGAAAUCGGAUGUUUUUUCUCUCUUAGCUUCAAACCAGACCUAUUGAGUGGGAUCUGUCUAUGUGCUGGGCAGUGACUCAGUCCCGCUCCUGCUUUUGUUUUUGUUGGUAAUGUUUAAAUCUGUAUAUAUACGCUGUGAUAUGACUCCUAACCGUAUGAAGAAUCUAUGGAUCUAUUUAUGACUGACUUGAUGAUCAUGACGCUAAUUAUUGUAACUACGAGAAAAUGUGAUAAAAUUCUGUCUGAACACGA